AUGGCAGUGACAAGGAUUUCAUCUGCAGUUGCCCCCGACGACGCCGAGAACAUCGACGCGGCCAGGCUGCCCAAGCUUGCCGUCGACGCCCUCGCCGCCCUUUGCCCCGUCGACGCCGUCAGGCUGCUCCACCUCGCCGUCGACGCCCUCGCCGAUGCCCUCGACGCCCUCUGCCCUGACCGUCGUCGCCUCCUCUCCGGACCUGGUGCCGCCGAGAAGCCGCCCACCGCCGACGCCAGCAGCUUCCCCGCCGACGACAUGCUCGGCGACUCCAGCGGCAACGGCGGCGGCGGGCCGUGGCCUGUCCGCAACCAGUGGGCGCGGGAGGAGACGCUGGCCCUCAUCAGGAUCCGGUCGGAGAUGGCCGCCGCCUUCCGCGACGCCGCCGUCAGGGACAAGGUUCCCCUCUGGAUCUGGGAAGAGGUCUCCAGCAAGCUCGCGAAGCUUGGCUACGAGAGGAGGAGCGCCAAGAAGUGCAGGGAGAAGCUCGGGGGCCUGAACAGGUCCUACAAGCGCGCCGAGCAGAGCCGGGCCGGCAGGCAGGACGGCCGGAGCUACCCCUUCUCCCAGGCGCUCGACGCGCUGCACGCCGCCACCGCCCGCGCGUGGCUGCAGAAGCACCAGGAGCAGCUGCUGAUGGUCCUCGGCGGCCGCGGCCCCCCGCAGCCGCACGCCUUCUCGGCGCCGCGGCCGAUGAGCGCAAUGCCGCCGCCGCCGCCACCGAGGUUCCCGAUCAUGCCGGCUCCUGUUUCUUGGGCGGCGCCUGCGGAGCUUCCCCAGCCACCUCCCGUCUGUCUGCAAGGCCUGAGCUUCCCGUCCAUGUCCGAGUCCGAGUCUGAUGACGACGGGCCCGAGGUUGGCGAGAUGACGGCGGCGACCGGCGACAGCCUCGGCAAGCGCAAGCGCAAGCGUGGCGGCGGCAGGAAGAAGAUGAUGGCUUUCGUGGAGGGGCUGAUGAAGCAGGUCGUCCAGAGGCAAGAGGAGAUGCAGCAGCGGUUCCUGGCGGCAAUGGAGAAGAGGGAGGCGGAGCGCGCGGCGCGGGAGGAGGCCUGGCGCCGGCAGGAGGUGGCCCGGCUCAAGCGCGAGCAGGCGCAGCGCGCGCACGACCGCGCCGCGGCGGCCUCCCGCCACGCCUCCAUCAUCGCCUUCAUCCAGCGCGUCGGCGGGCAGGCCGCCCAGGUCCCGCCCAUCGUCUUCCCCACGCCCACGCCGACGCCGUUCCAGACACCGCCGCCGCGUCAGGCCACACCGCAGCCCGUCCCAGCCGCGCCGCUCCAACGCCAGCCACCGCCGCAACCUCGACAGAAGCUGAUGCCGCUGCGGGCCACGUCGCCGCCCCAGCCGCAGCCCAUCCCAGCCGCUCCGCUCCAAUGGCAGCCACCGCCGCAAGCACCACAGGCACAGCACAAGGAAACGACGCAGGAAGAGGCGCACGGACCCCGUCUCCUGCCGGCUCAUCAUCACUCGCGCUGGUUCCCGCCGCCAUGGAGCAAUGCUUCUCCCAAGUUUGCAGAUCACAGCUUGCAGCAGUCGUAGAAAACUGUCGUUCUUUUUUGCAUGCAACAGCGAGCGAGCGGUGAAGCAUGGA